AUGAUGGCACGGUGGAGCCCAGAGCCAGAAGUCAGCCAGGGGCCCCUGCCCCUGCCCGUGGCUGGGGCUUCACUGCUCUCAGCACAGCCAGAGGGAGGGAGGCACAGCCCUGGAUCCCUUGUGGUACCAGCGGUUUCCACUGGAGAAUCUAUACUCUCAGGUAAAAAUCCAAACCAGCUGAGGAGGCGUGACUCACCCUCAACCAUCAUCCUUUCUCCUCCCAGGAAGGGUAGUGUUGACUGUGUCUAUGAUCUGUCUGUGCGUGAGUCACAGCCCAGGCUAUACCCUACUUCUUCCUCAGUAGAGUGGCUACAGAACAGAAUUGUGCCAGGGGAGACAGGUUCCAUCCAGAGGUGA